AUGUUAAAAUGGUUAUGGUCGUCUCUUCCUCUCCCGUUUUGUUUUCCUCGCAACUCUCUCCAGUUCUUCUCAUCAUCUCAAUAUCUCCCUGUCGCCUCAGCUGUCAAGCCUCUCUGGGUAAUCGCCCUAUCUUUAAUACGCCUCCGGCAUCCCACCUCCUUGCUCGCCGUUGGCUCCCAAGUUUCAACGGCCACUCUGUGCGAGGGAACGUUCCCCUUUAAUACCCCGUACCGCGAACCGCCUGAACCUUACCCACCCAUUGAUCGGCAGUCUCACCCCCUUAACAGACUUUCCAACAUGUUCUCCAAGAUCGUCGGUCUCCUCUACUCGGCCUGUGCGGUCAGCGCGGCCACCCUGCCUACCGUGGUCUUCACCCCAGGCGCCUGGCACGGCCCGCAGUCGUUCGACCUUGUUCGCGCCGGGCUGACCCUCAAGGGCUACGAGUCCGAGGCUAUCACGCUGCCCUCGGUCGGCGCGGAGCCCGCCACCGUCGGCCUCGAGGAGGACGCCGCCGUGCUGCGGUCCACCAUCGAGACUCUCGCCGACGCCGGCAAAGAGGUCGUCGUCGUCGUCCACUCGUACGGCGGCAUGGUUGGCGCCAACGCCGUCGAGGGACUAGGGUACUUGCAGCGCGCCGCCAACGGCCAGGCCGGCGGCAUCAUCAUGCUUGUGUACCUGAGCGCGUUUGCUGCGCCCAACGCGACCAGUUUGCUGGAUAUGCUGAGCGGAGAGUAUCUGCCUUGGAUGAGAGCCGACGGCGACAAGGUCUACGCCGACACGCCGGAGACGAUCUUCUAUGCCGACGUCGAUCCGAUCCUCCGGGCCAAGGCGAUCGCAGAGCUCAGCUGGCAGUCGGCUCGCGUCUUCUCCGACCCGGCGACAUACGAGCCCUGGAACGACGGCAUCGAGGUCAUGUACUUUCACUGCGAGCAGGACCAGGCCAUACCCCUGGCGACGCAGGAGGCCAUGGCCGCGCAGUUCCCCGCAGGGUACACGACCUUCUACGCCAACUCGUCGCACUCACCCUUCUUGUCUCACCCGGACCUGGUCGUCGAGGGCGUCGAGCUCGCCGUCAAGGUCGGUCAGGAGAAGAUUGCCGUGUAA